AAGAAGCCCCGCCUGUCGGACCAUGAACGGGGUCGGAUUGCGGGGCUGCAUGAAGGAGGACUCAGUGCCCGCGCAAUCGCAGCCAAGACCGGCCGCUGCGCGCAAACCGUGAGGCGGGUGGUGGCGUCACUCAAUGCGCCACCCUCGUCUCGCACGGACGACAGGCCGCUCGACCACCCUCUCCGACCGUUCAUUUCAGAUCGA